AUGGAUAGCAGCUGGGACUUGCCCACGGACGCCCUCGUCGAGAUCCUGGUGCGGCUUCCCCCAAACGCCCGCCGCCGUCUCCGCCUCGUCUGCCAGCACUGGCGGGAACUCAUCGACCGGCGCACGGUGACGGACAUGCGGCGCCGCACCAAGAUCAUCGCCGUUGCUGAGGGGGGUUUCACGUCCGUCAUCGACCUCCUGACGCCGGGGAGCAGUCUGUUGUGGCCGAUAAACACCGAAACGUCUCUACAGUACAGCAUGAUGAGCAUCAUCGGCUCGUGCAACGGCCUCGUCUGCCUCUGCGAUGACACCGCGCCCGGCGGGGCCAUCACCGUGGCCAACCCGUCGACCGGCGAGGCUCUCCGUCUCCCGCCGCUGCCGAUGUCGGGCGCCGCUGCUCACCUGUACAACAACAACAACAGCAACAGGAAGUGGCACCAGACAUACAGCUUCGCUUACCACCACGGGACAGGGAGGUACAAGGUUGUGCAUGUCCCGUGCCACUUUGACCGGUUCUGGCAACCGAAAAUAGUGCACAUGUUCACAUUGGGGGAGGCGUCGUGGCGGGACGUGUACACUGGAACCGAUGCUAGGUGCAGCCUUGGCAGCCUCAGCCUCGUUGAGGUCGAUGCCACGGUGUACUGGCUCACAGAAGACGCGGGGAAGAUCAUGGCGUUUGAUCUCAAACACGAACGUGUCACGCGCACCGAACCUGUGGCGGUACCGUCCAUGUCGAGCACUUGCCGCCUGAUGAAGGUGCACGGGAGGUUGGCCGUUGCUGUCUACGACGACGACUCUGCGAUGGUGUGGGUCUUGGAAGACGAGAGCUGGAGCCGCCAUUACAUCUUGGAAACACACGUGCAGCGGCAACGGGAGAUGUGGAUGAUGAUGAUGCAACAAGAGAAGUGGUCGAUGAGGCGGGAUCUUGCGGGGCCGCACUUGGUUCAUGGGGGAUACCUGCUAACGUUAACAUGUGAAAGCUCGCGUAGACCCCUUGUCUUGUACCGGCACAAGAUAAGCGAAGAGACGAGGUCGCAAGACGAUGUGGUGCUGGUAAGACACAAGGAUCGAGGCGAGGUAGUGUCGCAUCUUAUGGCCUCUAUCUACAAGACGUUUCCCUAUAUCGAGAGCAAGGAGUCGUUGAGUGUGUACAAUGCGGUUUUGACACAUAACUGA